AUGAGCAAUAUCUACAUCCAGGAGCCUCCCACGAACGGGAAGGUUUUAUUGAAAACUACAGCUGGAGAUAUCGAUAUAGAGUUGUGGUCAAAAGAAGCACCUAAAGCUUGCAGAAAUUUCAUUCAGCUUUGUUUGGAAGCAUAUUAUGACAAGACCAUUUUUCAUAGAGUUGUACCUGGUUUUAUAGUCCAAGGGGGAGAUCCUACUGGCACAGGAACUGGUGGAGAGUCUAUCUAUGGAGCCCCAUUCAAGGAUGAAUUCCACUCAAGGUUGCGUUUUAAUCGGCGAGGACUGGUUGCCAUGGCAAAUGCUGGUCCUCAUGAUAAUGGCAGCCAGUUUUUUUUUACACUGGGUCGAGCAGAUGAACUUAACAAUAAGCACACCAUCUUUGGAAAGAUUACAGGGGAUACAAUAUAUAACAUGCUGCGACUGGCAGAAGUAGACACUGAUAAUGAAGAAAGACCACUUAAUCCACACAGAAUAAAAAGUUGUGAGGUUUUGUUUAAUCCUUUUGAUGACAUCAUUCCAAGGGAAAUAAAAAAGCUGAAAAAAGAGAAACCAGAAGAGAAAGUAAAGACAUUGAAAACCAAAGGCACAAAAAAUUUUAAUUUGCUUUCAUUUGGAGAGGAAGCUGAGGAAGAAGAGGUGGAAGUAAAUCGAGUUAGUCAGAGCAUGAAGGGGAAAAGCAAAAGUAGUCACGACUUGCUUAAGGAUGAUCCACACCUCAGUUCUGUUCCCGUUGUUGAGAGUGAAAAGGAUGAUGCAACAGGAGACUUAGAUGAUGAUGAAGAAUUUGAGGGUGCAGAGAAUGAUGAAAGCAUUGAUGGUGAUGAGAAGAACCUGAUGAGAGAAAGAAUUGCAAAAAAGUUAAAAAAGGAUCCAAGUGCAAGUGUUAAAUCAUCUGGAGAGGGAGAAGGGGAGAAGAAAUCAAUUAGCCGUAGUGAAGAGCUCAGAAAAGAAGCAAGACAGUUAAAGCGGGAACUCUUAGCAGCAAAACAAAAAAAGGUAGAAAAUGCAGCAAAACAAGCAGAAAAAUCAAGUGAAGAGGAUGAGGCUGCUCUAGGUGGUGCUGUUGCAGAAUACAGAAGAGAAAAACAAAAGUAUGAAGCUCUGAGGAAGCAGCAGCCCAAGAAGGGAGCUUCCCGGGAAGACCAGACCCUUGCACUGCUGAACCAGUUUAAAUCUAAACUCACGCAAGCAAUUGCUGAAACUCCUGAAAACAACGUUCCUGAAAUGGAAGUAGAAGAUGAUGAAGGAUGGAUGUCACAUGUACUUCAGUUUGAGGAUAAAAGCAGAAAAGUGAAAGAUGCAAGCAUGCAAGACUCGGACACAUUUGAAAUCUAUGAUCCUCGGAAUCCAGUGAAUAAAAGAAGAAGGGAAGAGAGCAAAAAGCUGAUGAGAGAGAAAAAGGAAAGAAGAUAG